CAUUUAUCAAACAACUGAUCUCCAUCUUGCGGUCCAUGACUCGCCAAUUCAAUAGCAACAAAAGUUCAGACUCGGCUGGCCAUAACACCAACAGUCGCUCUUCAUGUAGCAAUGGCUUCCAGUCGAGAGAUCAUGAACGAACAAUCCACACACGGUGACCAUGGACGCCUUCGUAUCCCGCAAGAGACGUCGUAGUUCGCCCCUCACGCAGACUGACGCCGACAUUGUCGCUUUCACGGCCGCACGAGCAAGAAUCGAAGAUGGUGAACAGCAAGCAGAACACGAAGAGGAAUCGACCGACAUCAAGUUGGCAAUCCUCUCAUCCCUGUAUCCCAACAGACCACCUGAAGACCUACUAGAAGUCUUAUUGACCUGCGAAGGCUGUGUGGAUGAUGCUGUCAAGACGCUGGCACAGUCGAUCAAGACAAAUGGGAGCACGCCCACGUCACCCGCGGCCAAACGCUCUCUUGGUAUCUCGAUGACGCCGGGGCUGCAGAGCGCGCUACCCUUCACAUACGCAGACAAGAGCAGGGCGGGAGUGGCUUCAAGAAUAAAUAAACCAUUGACGAGGAAGGGCAAGACACUACACCUGUACACACCGGACGACAUUGCACGACACACGCCAUGCUCCAUCAUCCACAAUUUCCUGCCUACUGAUCUCGCCAACGCGCUGCUUGACGAACUGCUUGCCGAAGUGCCCAGCUACGAGAGCAUUAGUUUCAAGAUCUUCGACCAAGUGGUCAAAUCGCCCCACACGGCAUGUUUCUACGUCGACAGUCUGGCCGACAUCCACCGCCAACGCAGCGAGUAUUACUACAACGGCAAUGACAUAGGAGAUAUCCGUCAGCUCCUACCUGUGAUGCGGCAUGUGAGCGACCUCGUUCGAGAUGCCGUCAAUGACGAAAUCGCCACGCGCAUCCGCGAUGCUUAUCCGGGAGGCAAGAAGUUGCAGUAUCAGACUUCCAAGCCGUGGCAACCUAAUGCGGCAUUUGUCAAUUGCUACGACGGCGGUUCCCAGCACGUCGGGUAUCACUCAGACCAGCUUUCGUACCUCGGGCCACGUGCCGUGAUAGGCAGUUUGAGCCUAGGUGUUGCGCGAGAGUUCCGCGUUCGGAAGAUCGUGCCCAAGGACGAUGAUGAGGGGACUACUCCAUCAACUUCAACAGCUCCGUCGGCGGCGGCAGCGUCAGUCUCGAAUUCCACAUCCCCGUUCAAGUCAUCAUCGAACAAGAGUUCCUCAUCGUCAGCUGCCGCUGAUGUUUCCGGCCAGAUCGCCAUCCACCUCCCGCACAACUCGUUACUGGUAAUGCACGCUGAAAUGCAGGAGGAAUGGAAACACAGUAUCGCCCCUGCGCCGACCAUCACACCACAUCCUCGUGCAGGCAACAAACGCAUCAACAUCACUUAUCGCUGGUACCGCGAGGAGUUCCGGCCCAAGUACACGCCCAAAUGCCGCUGCGGCGUGCCUUGUGUGCUCAAAACGGUGCAGAGGCAAAAGGCCAACCGUGGCCGAUACAUGUGGAUGUGUCAGGUGGGUAACAAGCCGGACGGGGGUGAUGGUUGUGGAUGGUUCGAGUGGGCCAGGUUUACGGAUGAUGGGGUGCCGGUUGGAUGGAAAGGUGGUGACAAUGACAGUGAUACUCCUGGUGGUGGUGGUGGUGGUGGUGACAGCAGUAGUAGUACUGGAGACAGUAGUGGUGAUACUACCUAAUAGGUCUACAGUCCAGAAGGACGUGGUUUAAAUCUAUGAGUAGUCUGUCUGCCAGAGAUAUAUUCCCAUACCGACGUGGUCGUGGCCAAAGUCUUUUUUGUUCGG